AUAUUGGCGGAUUUUCACAACAGGGUUUGCAAAGCGACGCCAAUGGUUGAAACAUGAUCUGGCGACAUCGGAUACUUCAGGAGCUACAACUCGAUAUUUGCCCACAUUCGAUGCAACGCUCGGCAUAGAAGGAGAAGGCAGCUUUAUGUAUUUGGACACUGGCAACAGAUUCCCAGGACAAGCAGGAUUAAUCAAAUCAAUGCGUUAUACAAGCACCGUCGCUCAUCAGUGUCUGAAUUCUGGUAUUACAUGAAUGUGGGUUCUGCUAGCCAAGCUGCUAUGACGGUUUACAUCGCUGCUUUGGAUCCGGUAACCGGCGAAAUUACUUCUUACGGUUCACCGUUGCAAACAUUUCAAGGACAAUACGGUGACGAGUGGAAUGUGCAAAGAAUGACGAUAUCUGCUCAGAGCAGGUAUAGGAUUGUGUUCUACGCAAAAACAGGAGGAUAUCCGAGUGACGUCAUAGCCAUUGAUGACGUGAGCGUUCAAGACAGAGAAUGUGACACUGCCUAUUUUACUGUCAACGACUACACAGAGAAAGCUAACACUUAUGGGGUCAACGAGGCCAUUAUUAGUGACACCAUGUAUACUGGAACUCCGGGAUACGCAUUUCAAGCUGUAAUUUAUCCAAAUGGAAGCCAGAGUGCUGUUGACGCAGGGUACACGGAUUACCUCGGGUUUUCGUUCCAACUUGUUGGAGGAAAAUACGACGAUGAAUUAGAAUGGCCUUUUGACAAGCAAUACAUUAGGCUUCUAAUUACCGACCAAGAUCCCAACCCACAAACACGAAUGAAUUGGUAUUAUAACUUUCUAACGAGCAAAGAUUCGUCACUUAAUGCAUCCUGGGAAAAACCAACUGGACUCGGCGUUGCCAACACGCCUGUUGGUUACAGAACUUUUAUGCCGAAGUGGCGAAUGAACACUAGAUCGUAUUUAAGACAUGAUACUGCGUAUUACUCCAUCCAGGUUACAGACAUGAGACCUUACGAGGGAAGCACAGAAAUAUCAGCAAAAAUGUCAAACCCAGUUCUACGUAAACGAGAUAGUAUUCUUGCCAUUCCUGAACAAAAUGUCUUAUCUGUCGAAAGCACUCCCGAUGGCGAUGACGAAUUAAUUGAUUACCGCCCAGAUGACAACGAGCAGGACAUGAUUUCCGUUAAGUCUGCUUCAAUCAUUGUCACGGUGACAUCUGGAAUUGUGUUCCUGAUCAUGGCAUUCGCGAUCUGCGCCGUGGCAAAGGCUAAUCGCAACCGUCUACAGAUGGAAUACACCAUCAUGAAUAAUAUUAGAUACAUCGGCCCAGAGCCAGGGGAAACGAUGAAGUACAAGUGCAUGAAAGGAAAAGUGUAAAUAAAGUAUAAAUGAUCAAAUAAGCAUUUAUUUUGUCAAUCAAAAAUAGAAUCAUCAAAUCGUCUUAGAAAAAAUUUACUACAGUAGGGUGAUCCCCAAAAACAGGACGGAUAUUUUGUAUGAAACAUAACGUUUGUGCAAAUCGUCCAUGAUUACUAAAUCCUUUGAGUAUAAUCAUACAUUAGGAAAAUUUUAAUUCAUAAAUAAAUUUUAUUCAUUUUCUUAAUAGUAAUCAAAAAAUUUAUGUUCUCUUUUUUGGUCAUUUGGUGACAUAUACGGGUGAUUAUAAGUGACUUCACCACUUUGCAGUUUGUGUUUACAGUAUAUGAUUUUAACUAAUUUUUUAGUUUCUAAUGAUACAAAUUUAAACUUGAUUGAAAAAAUGAUUUAAAAAAAACUUUGGUUCAUUUCAUUUAGUAAUAUAAGAAGUGGAAAACUAGGCAAAAUGGUAGCAAUAGCGUAAGAUUAGGAUCCAAAUUUUAAAUAUUUAUUCAAAAUGUUGGAUUUUAUUAGGGAAUUUACUUUUUCACUCCGAACGCGACCUUAUACAGAGAGCAUACAGGCAAAUUGUAAGAACGUCAUGGUACCAAAAACAUGACGUCCUAAUAUCCAUUUCUAGUAACAGGGAGAUGGGCAUGACCCCGUGCCCCCUCAGUACGCUACUGUUUGAAAAUAUUACUCUUCAAAAAUACUCUAAUCGGCCCGAUUGAUAAUGUCUACUUAUUUUAAAAUAGUAUUAAAAUAAUAUACUAAAGUUGAUUGCGUGAAAAUAUCAGUUUAUUGUGAGGUCUACCAAGAUAGUACUAUGUCAUGCGGUCUAGAACACUGUGAGAACUACUUUAAGCUUGCACUACAGCGUGAGAUCUACACAAGCCAGUACUGCAGCGCAAGGUUUACCGCUAAGUUAUUUUUGGUACUCCUGAAGUAUGUGAACCGAGAUGCGGGCACCGGAAUGUAGUACGUGUACCAGGUUAGGGUUAGGCCAUCAUUU